CUGACCUUUACGGGACGUUACUACGGCCGCGUGAGCUAUCAAAAUACGUUGUCUUCGCCGCUUGCGGUUGAAGUUCGCUCGUUUUUGAUGAUACUCUGCCGUAGCCUGUUUAUACGACUUAAUUUUUGAUUAUGUUUCAUUCGCAAGCUGAAACAUUGAAAUUGAUGUAAAAAUGAAGUAAGAAUAAUCAAUGGAUAUCAAUGCGAAGUGACGAGUUUCAUUUUCUGGGAACUUUCCUAUACACGCAUCGAUUUCACCCGUGUAGUUAUUCGUAGAAUAAUUGUUACGGCUACUUGUUCAAUUGAAGAAUAGAAUAAUUACCUGCGCAAUCAUUGUGCAGAAAAAAAAUACCGCUAGACAGGUUUGGUCGGCCACAGAUCUUGUCCUUGGAAGUCCAGAACGAGUUUUGGAUCUCUUCGCGAAUAUCACACUUCCUUGGAUAUCUAAUCGCCUGAUUAUAGGUGUAUAUAAUAAUCGUCGGAGUCUAUCUCCGAAGAAUUACAAUUCCCAGCAUUCCAUACCGUUUCUCAAUAUUCCCAUGUAAUCGGACUGUUAAUCACGUUUGUCUCAGUUUAAUGUGUAGAUGGUAGAUCUGACUCAGGUGUUAUUUCUUUUAAAUUCAUGUUUUUCUUUCCUUCCGUAAUAAGGCCAAGGUAAUUUUAUCAUUGAAAAUCAUUGUAAACUAUUUUCGUAUAGAUAUAUUGAUAUCUGCGUAGAUAGAUCGGUUAAUAUAAAAAUAAUAAAAUGUCCACUGCCAGAUACCGGUAGCUGUACGUACAAGCGAACUUUGCAGCAUUACAAUUUCGAUCCAAUGUAUAAUAAUACGUUCACUUUUACAUAAGGUACAUCUGCAUUUCGAAAUGUGGGAGUACCAGAUUGCGUGUGACGCUAACCGGAUACUUUGCGAGCAAAUUGAAGUAGAGUUUAGCUCGUGUAAAUAAUGACAACGAGGUCAUGGGCCGGAUCUUCUCCAAUACCAUCUACUUUGGAUGAAACGCAGGUGUUCACCCUACCGAGGAGUUUAGCUGGACCCAUCAAUAUGGGGAAGAAUAACUCGAGAUGGCUUUGGCUGCUGAUUCUAAUCUGGGCUGGGGAAAGCUUGCAAGAAUUAUGCAGGGAGAGUGAAGACUGUAGCUGCGAACAUAAAUCCUCAGAUGAAUACGAGAUGCGUUGUCCUAAAGACUUCGAUUCAACGUUUAUAAUCGAAGUAAAGGAGGGGCAGUUUGCUUCCGUGAAAUGCAAUAUGAAACCAUCAUGGUCUGACUUUAAAUUGCAAUCUACAGCCCCACCGCAGGAUGUCGAAAUUCUCAAGUUCGAGAAAUGUCCGUUGCCAGGUGUACCGUUACACGAAAUAACUCAGAGAAUUGGUUUACAACCAACGAAAAAUCUCAGAUUCGAGUCUUAUCUCAAUUUGAGUUCGAGUAUGGAUCGUAGCUUUUUGACUGGCUUUCCGACACUAGAGAAAUUAAGCCUAAAUUCCAACGGCUUGACUGAACUACCAGCUGAUUUGUUGAACGAGUUACCAGAGCUGGAAAUGUUGGAAUUAAGGGAAAAUAAUGUUGUUUUACCUCCACAAUUUUUUAACAACGUACCCAAACUCAGAACAUUGGAACUUGGACAUAACAAGAUGACGCAUGUAGACCCGAUGUUAUUUCAACGUCUUACACGACUCGGUUUUCUCAGUUUGUGGGGGAACCAGUUGGUCUAUCUUGAACCACAUACUUUCGAAACAUUGGCUGCCUUACAGAUACUGAAUAUCAAUAAUAAUGUCCUGAAAACUCUACCUCAAGAAAUCUUCAAGCAGCUAAAGAAUCUAACUGUACUGAAUAUUGCAUCAAAUUUAUUCUCAUCGUUGCCUGAAGGUCUCUUAUCUCAGAAUCACAAUCUCACCAAUCUGAGAUUUUCUUACAACCGUGGAAAUUUAACAACUAUACCUAAUGGAUUUUUAAGCAAUUUAACUGAACUCCGAGAAGUACAACUAAUCAGAAAUAACUUGAUAGAGUUACCCGAAGAUAUUCUGUGGGGUAGUUUUUCAAUUAGAAACCUCAUUUUACAAGGAAAUUACUUAACAACUCUUCCAAAGAAUAUUUUUAAGGACUCAAAAAAUCUUAGAACACUAGAUCUCAGUUGGAAUAAAAUAACUAGUCUUCCUGACGAUGUAUUCCGAACUCUAGACAAACUUGAAAAGUUAGAUUUGCGGAGGAACCAGUUAGCUACUAUACAGGGGAGACUGUUCUCAGGCUUGAGUCAUUUGGUAGAAUUAAACUUGCAAUAUAAUGGAAUAAGGAUUAUCGAUUCACGUAGCUUUUACCCUCUGGAGUCCCUGGAAGUUGUACGAUUAUCCCACAAUCAAAUUACAUUCAAAGAUGACUCAGCCCCGUUAAUCCCGAACGAAUUUGGGCCAACAUCACCCUUCGAACGAUGUUCGAAUUUGCGCGAAUUAGAUUUGUCUUUCAAUAAUGUUACGGAAUUCUUUUCCGACUGGCAACUUCGGUUACACAAACUUGCAAAGUUAGAUCUGAAAUACAAUCAGAUAACGUAUGUGACGGAAACAGACUUCCAGUUUUUAUCACCAGAUAUUGUCAUUGAUAUCACAAACAAUAACAUAAGUCAUGUCCAGCUCGGGGGGGCAGAGCUGGUGGCACAAGUCAAUCAAUUUGACUCUAAAAGUCGAAAGAUUCUCGUAGAAGAAAAUCCGAUAAUCUGUGAUUGCAAUAUGUUCGAUUUUCUGAGAUACCUCGGUGGCGACAUGCAUCCGAGUGUACAAAAAAUGUUUCACAUUGUCCCUGGCAACUUAAAAUGUGCAGGCCCCGAAUGGAUGCGUGACACCCUUGUUUCGGAUUUGAAGUAUGAUACUAUGCUAUGCUCCAUUCAAGACUGUCCACAAAAUUGCACGUGCUGGUUCAGGCCAAAUGAAAAGACAAUAGUUGCUAACUGCUCCAAUAGAAACUUGAUUAUGGCUCCAGAAAGGAUUUUUGCAUCAAAAGAGCAUAAGGUUGAACUGGAUUUGACUGGUAAUCUUUUGACAACCAUGCCAACUGUUAAUCAAUCAGGAUAUGGCAAUCUCACAAAACUAUUCUUGUCGCACAACAACAUAUCCAGCGUUUCACUGGAUGCUGUACCUUUGACUCUUGAGAUAUUGGAACUGCAUCAAAAUAAUUUGAUGAGAGUAGAUCCUGUGGUCAUUGAACGUUUCAAGAAUUCAACCAGAUUAACAAAGAUAACACUUCAUGGAAAUCCAUGGAAGUGUGACUGCGAGGCUAGAGAUCUUCUGAGCUUUAUUCAGAUGAAGUUUCAAAGAAUACCACAGUUAUUGAAUAUAACAUGUGGAAGUAACAACAAACCCCUUUCCAAAAUGACUGCAAAUGACUUGUGUCCUGUAGCUGCUGGAAUGAUUGUAGGAAUCAGUUUUGCAAUAGCUAUCAUAGGGAUAUCCAUGGGAAUUCUAGCAGCCUUAUAUUAUAAAUAUCGUACCGAAAUCAAAAUAUGGCUUUAUUCCGUUGGAUGGUGUUUAUGGUUCGUCACCGAAGAAGAACUGGAUAAAGAUAAAUUAUACGACGCCUUCAUCAGCUAUUCUCACAAAGACGAAGACUUUGUAGUGAAUGAGCUUCUCUCUAAACUCGAAGGUGGGCCAAAGCCAUUUAAAUUGUGCUUACACUUCCGAGAUUGGCUGGCGGGGGAAUGGAUACCUGCACAGAUAGCGCGAUCCGUGGAAAACUCAAGGCGAACAGUUGUGAUUUUAUCACCUAAUUUCCUCGAGAGUGUUUGGGGGAGAAUGGAAUUUAGGGUUGCCCACAACCAGGCACUUAGCGAAGGCAGAGCAAGAGUGAUUCUCAUCUUGUAUGGAGAUAUUGGACCGCAUGAGAAUUUGGAUGAUGAAUUAAAGGCGUACAUGAGCAUGAACACAUACGUUAAGUGGGGAGAUCCAUGGUUCUGGGAUAAACUGCGAUAUGCGCUACCUCAUCAAACACAAGAAAUAGGUAAGGCUGGGAAAAAAAUUUUCGACUCUCAUCCACACCAUAUUCAAAUUACUGGGGAUAAAAACGGAUUGAUCAAUCCCCCUGGAGGACCAAUCACGCCACCUCCAAUCACCACACCUCCGGCAGAUUCACUCAAGAUUUUUGAGACCAAUGGAAGUUUACACAAAGGAAUUCGGAUAACCGAUUGCCUCAAAAAUGAAAUGAGUAAUUUCGAUAAUAUAGAUAUGAAAAAUGAUCACAAAACAAACAAGAAUGAUAUUUAUGACAAUAACGUGAUUAAUGGACAAUGUAUGCCUGUGUGAAACUAGAAAAGAGCUGAAGGAUCAAAAAUCGAAACAGUACAUCAUGGUGAGUAUUCACAAUGUGCAUGGUUCAAUCAUAUACUGUGAAUAUCCAAUCCAAAGAACCAUGGGUGAGAUCAGAGAAACGUUUUGUUUAGCGAAUGAAUAAAUCCGGAGAUUUUAGUAACUGAUGCGGAAGCUCCUACGGAAUAGAUCCUAUAGAUUUAAUUAGAAUCAACGUGUUUGACCAAAUAAAUUAUGAGACCUUAUUAUUCUACUGACACAUUUUGUUAGAUCUCAUGAUUGACUUUUCAUUCACGUGAGUCGAACGAUAUUCGAGUUCUAGAUUAACAUAACUAUAUGUAUCAAUUACGAUCUGGAUAUAGGUAAUGCGAUCACCUGUGUUGAUAAAAAAACGUAAUAUCUUCAUGGAUAGUAUACCUAUUUAACUUUCUGCUAAUGCUCAAAAAAAAAAAAAACGGCCUGGUGCCAUUGAUAGGUGCAGAAAGCCUGUUAGCGCCAUUGUAAAUACUUUAACAUAAGACUGAUCGGUUGUAAUUCAAGAUCAAAUCGGGAUGAAGUUACUUCCAGUAAUUAACAUCAGUAAAUUUAAGAUAGCUUUUACCCUUGACAAGGUGUUCCUGAUAACUGAUCUUUGUCAAUGGACAUGACAGUAGAUGAGAAAAACGGUUCACCAAGCGAUUAAUCUAACCACCGUUUGGUUGAUUAGUGAAUAGAUAUGACGGUUACUCAUAUGAAGUUUUUUGCAACCAAAUAACUCAAUCGAGUUAUUGUUAUUAUUAAUAUUUUUAUACGCAUAGGUAAACAAUAAGCGGGCCAUCACGCAAACUGUUGAAUAAAUUAAGUUCUCCCAUA